AUGGAAAUAGAGGAACUUAUGGGGGUGUUGGACAAGACGCUCAUCCUUGCCUUGGAUUUCUAUGAGGAACCCAAUGCAUUCCACCCGUCUGUGGUCGAGGCUCAGGCGGAAUUUACGAGAGGGCUUAUGGCUGGCGUGUGCACUGAGGGGAAGAAGUGUGUGUUGGUUGGCCACAGUAUGGGAGGAGUGGUGGCUGCUAUUGCCGUGUCUAAGUCGUCGGAAGAUAUAGUGAAGAACGUUGUGUCUUUAGUGACAGUAUCAACGCCGUUGAAGACCCAUCCUGCUAUGCUUGACUUCGGCUGGAGUAGAGUGUAUAGGGAAGUUGGUGUCGGCCUUGAUAAGGUGGCGGUGGUCAGUGUAACGGGAGGAGCAGCCGACUGGCAGGUCCCCAUGGAGGACACUAUGGUAGAUGGGAAGGCUCGAUUACAGUGGGCUCAGAUGCCCACUAGUGAUGGGGUCUUCGCCCAGGGGGACCAUAUAGCUGUUAUGUACUCCUAUGAGGUCUUGACGUACCAAGUGGUCCCGGCUAUAGCUCGGGCAUUGGGAUGGCGUACUGGUGCUGUUGUUGGUGAUAACGACGAUUUGAAGGCCUGGAUGAUGAGUCUGGACCGGCCGGUGAGGAGACAUGUGCCCUAUGAUAGGAAAAUAGAGGUAGAUGGUAGUAGGGUAGUGGAGGUGAAGCCUCUGGGGUUGGGUAAAAUACGUCAAGUUUGGAAUAAGGGCUUGAUUAUUGAUGUGGAAAGGAAGAGCGGAGCGAUGCUAAUUUUACGACGUGAAGGGUCGUAUUCACGUUGUCCGUCUGUGGAGGUUGUUGACUUCAACGAUAAGGAGUAUUUUAGUGUGGAAGCGCCGGAGGUAUGCGACUACUGUAUGAGGGCUGGAAAUAACAGCGCAGUUGUUACAGUGGGGGCUAGAGAGAUGCCUCUUACUAGUGUUCAUAUCCGUGGUGACACGUGGUGUGUGUCACCGCCUAUCAGCUCGGAUAUGAAGACGAUAUUAGUACCGCCCGGUCGCGGAGGGUUUGUCGUGGCACUUAGUAGCCCUACUGUGAUGAAGUUGAAGUCGCGGAGUGCCUAUGAGCAAUACGAAAUGGGAGUCCAGCUUAGCGGCAUUGGUGAUGCCCCCUAUCUAGCUUGCUUGGUGGGCGGUGACCAUGAAGUCCUAUCGGCUACAUCGUCAUCGAGUGGUGGGAGGGCCCUUAUGGCCCCUUCGCGGCCCCUCAGGGCGAGGAGGGCAAGGGUAAUGAGGGGAGCUGUUGAUACCCUGGUGGUGGUUUCCACUGCUGAUGAUGUUGGCCUUGUUGGCUCUCCUGGUAUUCAUACAUUUCAUCGUGGACACCCACAUUACGGCGUUCCCUAUACUCUGUUACAGUAUGCUGUCGGUGAUUGUGAUACCGUAUUUGACGUCAACUCCCUCGCUCAUGUUGGUGGCUAUUUUUGCGCUGGUGGUGCAUACCGUGGCGUAUGCUCUCCUUGGGGUUAG